UGCUCUUUGAAAGUAAAUGGCCACUCCUAAUGGUCUCUGCAAUGGACAUCUGCACAGUCGGCAGAAAAGGAAUAACAUCUUCAAACAUGAAAUCCACAAGAAGAAUGGAGUUGUUAAAGAAAUUAAGAAAAAUGGCAUAGCAAAUGGAGGCACCUACAAAAGACCAUUUAAUGAAUCCUUUGAACAAGCACCAAUUUAUGUUGCUGUCUUUACAUUUGUGGGUUUUACAGUAGCAACAUUAUCUGGCUACCUGCAGGACUUCUUGAGAGCUCGUGGAAUACAAAAAUGUGUUGGCGCUACAGAACGGGAGGAACAAAAGGAUUUUAUACCACUUUAUCAAGAGUUUGAAAACUUUUAUACAAGAAAUCUCUAUGUAAGAAUAAGAGACAAUUGGAACCGCCCUAUCUGCAGUGUUCCUGGACCAGUAUUUGAUGUGAUGGAACGUGUUUCAGAUGACUACAACUGGACAUUUAGAUUCACUGGAAGGAUAAUCAAGAACGUAAUCAACAUGGGUUCGUAUAAUUACCUCGGCUUUGCAGAAACUGAUCCGAAUGCUUUGAAAACUGUGAAUGCUGAGUUACAUAAAUAUGGCACAGGAGUAUGUAGCACCAGAAAGGAAAUGGGCAACCUUGAUAAAAAUGUGGAGUUAGAAAAUCUGGUAGCACAAUUCCUUGGUGUCGAAGCAUCUCUGGCGUUUGGCAUGGGGUUUGCUACAAAUUCUAUGAAUAUCCCAGCAUUGGUUGGGAAGGGGUGUCUUAUUUUAAGUGAUGAGCUGAACCAUACUUCACUUAUUCUUGGUGCAAGACUCUCGGGAGCCACAAUCAGAGUCUUUAAACACAACAAUAUGCAGAGCUUAGAAAAGCUGUUGAAAGAUGCAAUAAUAAAUGGACAACCUCGAAGCCGAAGAGCAUGGAAAAAAAUUCUUAUUCUCGUAGAGGGAAUUUAUAGCAUGGAAGGCUCCAUUGUACGCUUGCCAGAAAUAGUUGCCUUGAAGAGAAAAUACAAAGCCUAUCUCUACUUGGACGAAGCCCACAGCAUAGGUGCCGUUGGCCCAACAGGGAGGGGAGUUGUGGAGUACUUUGGAAUGGACCCCAAUGAUGUUGAUGUAUUGAUGGGAACAUUUACGAAAAGCUUCGGAGCAGCUGGAGGAUACAUAGCUGGCAAAAAGGAGCUUGUGGACUACUUACGAGUUCACUCCCAUAGUGCGACGUAUGCCACAUCUAUGUGUCCUCCUGUAACAGAACAAAUAAUACGAGCAAUGAAAUGUGUCAUGGGACUAGAUGGAACCACACAAGGACUUCAGAGAGUCCGCCAGCUAGCAGAAAACACAAGGUACUUCAGGAGAAGAUUGCAUGAACUAGGCUUCAUUAUUUAUGGCAAUGAGGAUUCUCCUGUUGUCCCUUUGCUCCUUUACAUACCUGGUAAAAUUGGGGCAUUUUCAAGACGCAUGUUAGCCAAAAGCAUUGGGGUGGUUGUAGUUGGCUUCCCAGCAACUCCGAUCACAGAAUCCAGGGCUCGGUUUUGUGUGUCAGCUGCUCAUACACGGGAGAUGUUAGAUACGGUCCUGGAAGCUCUGGAUGAACUGGGUGAUUUUUUGCAGCUGAAAUAUUCUCGGCACUCCAGGUCAUCUCGUCCUGAACUAUAUGAUGAAAUGAGCUUUGAACUUGAAGAUUAAGCUUCCCUCCCAUGGAGAAACCAUUAUGAGGGAGGAAAAGGGGAACCUAAGCAAUAGGAAUUUCCUAGGACAGUUUUUGCUUCACAGUUAAUUGAACCAAGAGAAGUGUGUGUUUUACCAGAACAGAUUCUGUGUGCAACAGACUGGAAUAUUGCUACACAACCCCUCCAAGAAAUACCAGUUGUAAUACUACUAUUUGACGCAAAAGACUUUAUUCCAUUAAGCCAAUCACUACUGUGCAGCUUUUGUUACAGGCCUUUUAAUGAGCAGGCUUUGGAUAGUUCUUAAUUAUGAUUACAAUAAACUUUUUAAAAGAGUGUCUUGGAAUGUAGUAUGUUAAUUGAAGAAAAAAUGUACUUAUUAAAUCAGCUUUCACUUGUAGAGCAGCUAUCUCCAUUGCAGUGUAUGUGAAUUUUGGCAAAGGAAAUGGCAGGUGGACAUGUCUUGACCUAACUACUAGAUUAACAAGUACCUAAAUGGGGGGGAGUGGUCAUUCAGGACCUGCUCAACAUUUAACUGUUACUGGCAAAAGAUUUUGAGGAACAAAAAGCAGCUACAACUCCUCUUUUCAAGUUGGUGGUUUCUUUUUUAAUUGUUGAAAGUUUAAAUUCAAUUUGGCAAAAAUUGGAAGUCACAAAAAUGUCAGCUUUUAUUCUUACACAGUUGGUGCAUUGAAUUCUUUUACAAUUAAAAGUUGAGUUUGAUUUUUACUAGUUUGAUCUUAAAGUGGGCUUAUAGGUUUUCCAUGUGCAAUCUUAAUAACCAUUUCAUUUUCCUGUCUGUAAAAUACACAGCAUUGCAGUUAAGAAAAUACAGUUGAUAUUUACAAGCCCAUUUUUCUGUAAUUCUUAAACCAUUUUAAAGGCUUGGCAAGCAUAUGUAUGAGAAAGGAACACUUUGGCUGUUAGU